GCUGCUGCCCGGGACGCGGCCCGGGGCGGGUGGGAACCGGGGCGUCCUCCCGCGCGCCCCCUCCCCAGCGUCCCACCUCCCGGCCGCGCGCCGGCGGCGGCGGGGAAAGUCUCUCCUAAAGCGUGAAGGGGGAUUGGAGGAGGUUUUUAUUUCCCUUUGUGCGGGUGGCUGGGGCCGGAUCGAGGCGGCCCGGCCGGGGGCCGCGGGAUUGGGGCUCCCCGCUGAGCCGAGAGGAGCGCGACAAAGGAUGCGUCCCGCCGGGGUCACCGUCUCCGCGCCCCAACUUUGCGUGCAAAGCCCGCUCCCCUGGGGAGCCCGCCCGCUGCUCUGAGAACCCAGGCGUCCGGGCUGGGCGAGGGGCCGGGAUCGUCCGCAGGCGGCGCUGGCCGGGUCUCCGGACCCCAGGAAGGGAUCCCGGAGCUUCCCCGAGGCGGCGAGCGUCCGAGCCGCGCCGGGGAACCGCGCUGCCCGCGAAAACUCCGCGCGCCUCCGCGGAUGCCCCUCGCCCUGGCCCCUAGCGCGCGGCGUUCAGGGCCCUGCGGGGCGCCCCCUUCCCCCGCGGUGCUUCCCCAGCCGGGCUAAGGUGGGCUUGUCCUCCUCCCUCCUCCGUCGCCUCAUUUUCCUCCCCCUCCUUCACCUUUUCCUUCCCUCUAUCCAUCCAGAGCUCCGCCAAAGGGCGCACCUGAUCUUUCUCCUCUUUCCCUGCUCUUCCUCUCCUCCUCCUCCUCCUUUUCCUCCUCCCUGGGGAAAGGGGCCCGGACAAGCGCAUGUGGGGGCCCCUGUGACAGUGGCCGGAUUGGGGGUGGCAGGCGCCCAAAUGGCCAAGUGGCUACGGGACUACCUGAGCUUUGGCGGUCGGAGGCCCCCUCCGCAGCCGCCCACCCCGGACUACACCGAGAGCGACAUCCUGAGGGCCUACCGGGAGCAAAAGAACCUGGACUUCGAGGACCCCUAUGAGGACGCGGAGGGCCGCUUGGAGCAGGACCCAGCGGGCCCCGGGGACUCCAAGAACGCCGGAGAUGCCACGUAUGGCUCUCCCAAGCACCGGCUCAUCAAGGUGGAGGCUGCGGAUAUGGCCAGAGCCAAGGCCCUUCUGGGCGGCCCCGGGGAGGAGCUAGAAGCUGACACGGAGUACUCAGACCCCUUUGAUGCCCAGCCUCAUCCCGCACCACCAGAUGAUGGGUACAUGGAGCCCUAUGAUGCCCAGCGGGUUAUGAGUGAACUGCCCGGCAGAGGGGUGCAGCUCUAUGACACCCCUUAUGAGGAACAGGACCAAGAGAUAGCGGAGGAGCCCCCUUCUGGGCAGAAGCCUCGGCAGAGCCGGAUGCCCCAGGAGGACGAACGGCCAGCAGAUGAGUAUGACCAGCCCUGGGAGUGGAAGAAAGACCACAUCUCCAGGGCGUUUGCAGUGCAGUUUGACAGUUCAGAGUGGGAAAGGACUCCAGGCCCAGCCAAGGAGCUUCGGAGACCCCCACCCAGAAGCCCCCAGCCUGCAGAGCGAGUGGACCCAGCCCUGCCCCUGGAGAAACAGCCGUGGUUCCACGGCCCCCUGAACAGGGCGGAUGCGGAGAACCUCCUGUCCCUCUGCAAGGAAGGCAGCUACCUAGUGCGGCUCAGUGAGACCAGCCCCCAGGACUGCUCCUUGUCUCUCAGGAGCAGCCAGGGGUUCCUGCAUCUGAAGUUCUCACGGACCCGAGAGAACCAGGUGGUGCUGGGUCAACACAGCGGGCCCUUCCCCAGCGUGCCUGAGCUGGUCCUCCACUACAGUUCCCGCCCCCUGCCGGUGCAGGGAGCCGAACAUCUGGCUCUGCUGUACCCUGUGGUGACGCAGACCCCCUGACAGCGACCCUCGGCCCCCUUUUGAGUCCUCGGGCCCAGAAUUGUAUCCCAAAGCCCUCCCCUGGCCUAGAAAAUAAAUAAGUUAUUGUUU